UCGAGAUUAUCGGGUGCUUUCCAGCUACGACACAAGGUAAAGUUGUUGGAAGACCACAGCACAUGUUAAUGCGAGUUGCUGUAGCUAUUCAUGGUGAAGACAUUAAUAAGGCUAUUGAAACAUACAAUUUUAUGUCAAAACAAUAUUUCAUACAUGCUGAACAGACGAUAGAUACAGCAUGUACUGUUACACAACAAAUAGCUAGCACACACACAACACAUAUAUAUAUUUUUAUUGACAAUGUCUGGUGAUAGCAUAGAUGGAAUAUUGGAUACAUUAGAAAGGUUUGCUGUUCUUUGUCAUCAUAAUGGUGAAGUAGGAUUCAAUGUACAUUGCAUUCGAGCAAAGAAUACACCUAUUAGAGACACAGGAGGUGUGUCAAAUGGAUUAGUGCCUAUGUUAAAAGCAUGUAAUACAUCUAUUGCAACGGUCUCAAAAAAUAGUAAAAAUGAAGGACCAAUUACUGUAUAUUUAGAACCAUGGCAUUCCGAUAUUUUUGAGUUUUUGAACCUUAAAAGGAGUAUUGGUGAAGAGCAAUUAAGGGCAAAAGGUAGUAUAUGUUAUGGACUCCACAUUUAUUUAUGAAACAUGUUUUUGAUGAUGAUGU